GGCGGGGCGGGGCGGGGCCGCCCCCGGGCAGGGUUUCCAGCCGGGGCGCUGAUGCGGGGCCGGGGCGCGGGGCCGCCAUGUCGCGGCUGCACCAGAGCAGGAUCGCGGACUUCCAGGAGGUGCUCGGAGAACCCACGGUGGCUCUGCCCAAGCUGCGCGAUCUGUGCUUCAGCGGAAUCCCCUUUGAUGGUGGGCUGCGCUGCCUCUGCUGGAAGAUACUCCUGAACUACCUCCCUUUAGAGAAAGCCUUAUGGAGCUCUUUGCUGAAGAAACAGAGGGAUCUGUAUUCCCAGUUCCUAAAGGAAAUGAUUAUUCAGCCUGGGAUUGCCAAAGCCAACCUGGGUGUUUCUAGGGAAGAUGUGACCUUGGAAGAUCACCCUCUCAAUCCCAACCCAGACAGUCGAUGGAAUACUUACUUCAAGGAUAACGAAGUGCUUCUCCAGAUAGACAAGGAUGUCAGGAGGCUGUACCCUGACAUGGCGUUCUUCCAGCGCCCCACAGACUAUCCCUGCCUGCUGAUCCUGGACCCCCAGAAUGAGUUUGAGACCCUGCGCCGGCGGGUGGAGCAGACCACCCUCAAGUCACAGACGGUGGCGCGGAACCGCAGCGGGGUCACAAAUGUGAGCUCCCCACUUAAAACCACACCGAGCUCUCUGAGCGAGUACGAGGUUCUGCCCAACGGCUGCGAAGCUCACUGGGAAGUGGUGGAAAGGAUCCUCUUCAUCUAUGCCAAGCUGAACCCUGGGAUAGCCUAUGUUCAGGGGAUGAAUGAAAUCGUGGGGCCUCUCUACUACACCUUUGCUACAGAUCCUAACAGUGAGUGGAAAGAGCAUGCUGAAGCAGACACAUUUUUCUGCUUUACCAAUCUCAUGGCUGAAAUUCGGGACAACUUCAUUAAGAGCCUGGAUGAUUCUCAGUGUGGUAUUACCUACAAAAUGGAGAAGGUCUACUCCACCCUGAAGGAGAAAGAUGUGGAGCUGUAUUUGAAACUGCAAGAACAGAACAUCAAACCCCAGUUCUUUGCCUUCCGCUGGCUGACCCUGCUCUUGUCCCAAGAGUUCCUGCUGCCAGAUGUCAUCCGGAUCUGGGACUCCCUCUUCGCCGAUGACAAACGCUUCGAUUUCCUGCUGCUCGUCUGCUGUGCCAUGUUGACACUAAUCCGGGAUCAGUUGCUGGAAGGAGACUUCACUCUGAACAUGAGGCUGCUACAGGAUUAUCCUAUCUCUGAUGUCCAUCUGAUUUUGAAGAAGGCAAAGGAACUUCAAGAUUCCAAAUAGUUCAUGAGCCUAACAAAAGGUGUCAGAGAAACUGUGUAGCAGUGGAUCCCAGGAGAUGCCUCCAUGCAGUGUGGUGCACUAAAGCUCCUAGUGGUCUCUGCAGGACUUCAGGUUUUAUGUUUGGGCUACUGGCCACCUUGAAGACUUCCUCCUACUCUAUUUAUUAGGUCAAGGACCGAUUACUUCCCCAUAUACUUGGGUCCUGCACUCCAGAUGUUUUCAAAUCUCAAAUGCCUCUGUGCUGCCAAAAGCAGUUCUUUGUAUCUAUUGAAAUGACUUUUAAGUUUAGGGAGACAGAAACCACCUUUCUGCAUAUCCCUGGAGAGAUGGACUCCUCCUUCCUGGAAGAAGCUCACAUGUAAGUUAACUUCUGAUGGGGAAGGGACAGGCUGAGUCCAGUGGAUUUUGGUGGGUGAGUGUAGGAGGAUCUUCCUCCUGUGAACAGAAUGUAUCCCAAUCAAGUCACACAUCAUGCCAUUCAGGUGGCUUCUGGACUCUUCUCCCUCGUGUCUGCACUUGGCCAUCCCUGGGGUGGGCAAAGAAGAUGAUUGCAUCAGCUUCUGGUGAUUGUCACCUGGCAGUUUGGAUCCUUUUGCCUGGGAAGAAGAGAAGCUGAGCUGGGAGGUCACAAUGACAGCUGGUGGCUUUGUGCACUGAAACUGCCUGAAUCCAGAACUGCCUUAUCAACAAGGUCUCCUUGAAACCAAGACUCUGGUGGCUUUAAUCAAGGAGGGAAGUGCAGUUUGAAGUCGAGCCUUAUCACGCACAGCCUUAGAGCAGGAGCUUGUUGCUGCAGGGAGGCCUCCAGCUGCUUUCCUGGCUCUGAACUGGAGCAUAUCCAGCUACAAUCAGGAUUCUGAAAUACAAGAGAUGGGCAUCUAGUUGUGUGCAAUGAAGACAGUUGUAUUUAGGGGCUUGUACAGGCACAGCACUGGGGUUUCUGCCUCAGUGCCUUGCACAGUAUUGCCCUAGGUAAGCUCUAGUCACAGUAACCUUGAAGACUUUUACAGGUCCAGUGUACACUGAAGAGUCCUUUUCUGGUGUAACCCAGUGGGCCCACAAGCAUUUCAGUCAUUAGCUGAGUGCUGGGGCUGAUCCACUCCUCUGUGUACCAGUUCUGUUGGGAGUCACCGUCCUGACCUGGACACUUGGCCCUCCUGAGAGGGAAACUUCUGCAUUUCAAAUCCAGCAGAGCAGGCUUAGGAGAACAUCAACGGAGACAAACUAUGGAGAGGACUGCUCACUUGCCAGCAGGGUUGGAGCUGCUCAGAAGCUGCAGUCCUCAGAGGGAGAAACUGCCCCUACCCAGCUGCUUGGGUGGUGCAGAAGCUCUUGGGGGAACACUAAUCCAGUGUGCUUUUGCCUUUCUUUCUGUGCUGUGCUGGCUCAGCUCUGCAUAGCAGUUUGACACUGCAGUUUUUGGUAUUUAUGGGUAUUGAUUUGUUAAAGGUCAGUCUUUGUAAGAUCUAAUUGAGCUGCUGAUGGCCUAGAAUCACCUUAGCAGGAGGGAUGUUGUCAGCCUUCAGCUUUUUUACUGGUGUUUUAUCUCUCACUGAAGGGCAGUUCUUGACAUGCUAUUGCUACUUUCACAAGGGUGGGUAGGGAGACUGGAGGACAGGUUGUGGCACGUGCCUGUGUUCCUGCUGGCAAUCCCAAGCAACCUCUGCCUCUUCAGAAAAUGCUCCAGUGAUACUAGUGCAGCCAGGUGUUGCUGCUGUGGUGGAGCAAGAGCAACUGAAGACUUCAAACAAUCUGUAAUUAUUACCUGUGGCCAACAGUGUCCCUCUCUGGGCAGUCCUUUUAGAUUGCAGUCCUCCAAGAAAUAUGGAGCAGAUAGACCAGGACAGCUGUGUGAUGUAGUGUCCUGUCUGCUCUAACCACUGGAUAGAUCUUCCUGCCUUGUGUUGCUGAGAUUUUCCAGGUGGUCUCAUGGUCUCAGCUCUUGGGUCCCCUGCACUAGAGGCCAGUAGUCAGACCUCAUGUGGCCAAAUGGCUACCUGGUAGACACAAAUGUAGAACCCAGAGGGUUGAACUCUUAGGCAGAAUUGGAUCUCCUCCAAGCAAUUCUGCCUCAAAAAUGCUCUGAAGACUGCUGUAGCUCUCUCACAUUCCAUGUACAGGCUCUGUUGCACCUCCCCAGAUACCUGGGCUGUCCAUUUUGGGUCCUCUGGCAAGUGCAGGGUUCCCUUGCCUUGUAUUUUCUUACAGGAGCACCCAUGAGGGGGUCCUGCUCUGAAUAGCUAGAAGUUGUCUUAAAGUAACCUGAGAAGGCAACAGCCAAACCAGGAUUAAAACAUAACUUGGAGAUUAACUUCUGCUUGUUUUCAGAGUAGCAUUUGGGCCCUGAGGGUGACCUCCUGCAGUGGCUUUGCCCAGCUCUGAGCCAGGUGCUGGUCCAGAGUGUUGCACUUGAAGAAGACACCAGGAGGUGGCUUCUCAAGCAGCAGUGCAGGUGGCUGGUGGGGUCUGAAGGGCUUGUCUUGUGCCAUCUUACCUCUCCUUAGGGGGUGUUGGUGAGUGCUUUUAAAUGCAGUGGCUUAAUGGGAUGUGAUAAGAGCUUUGGCUGCUGGAAAGGUUCUCUGGGAUAAAUCCAGGCUAUGGCUGCUAAACGGAUUGAGUUCUUUGGGGAGAACUUGCAACAACUUUGAUACAGACAGGCUGGUUCCUACAUGAAAAGCUGUUAUUAUGUCCUUCCCUUAUCCCCUCCUGUGUGGUAGAAUUUCUGUCUGGCAGUUGAAAGGAGUUGCACUUUUCAGUUACUUGGGACAUCCAUUUCUUUAUUUCAAGAUUUUUCUCCUUUCUUUAAGAGCAAAACCAGAUUUUCUGAGGGGAGCAGAAGUCUUGUUGCCAGCUUUUGCAUGUCCUUAUCAGUUUCCUUGGCUUCACUCCUCAGAGGCUUUUGGUGAUCUUGUUGUGGAGGUCAGGUAGUAUUUAACUAGUGGUUUCUUGCUUCUGUGGCCAUGUAACAACUAGUCCACCCUUGAGAUGUUUCACCUCUGAUUUAUUCACCCCUAAUUGCUGCAGGAGCAGUGAGGUUGGCUGAAGCAGCAGUUCUUUGGGUCAGGGGGAGUUGGUCUGGGGUGCCUUGGGGACCCCUUUUUUUCAUAGGGGCCUGGAGAGGGGAUGUUAAAUAGCUCUUAAAACAUGUUCUUCACAGGCAGGACUGCUGCCAGGCAGGGGAAGGUGGACCCAUCCUCAACUGGGAGGAUAAACAGGGUACUGUGCUGGAUGUAGGGAGAGAUGAGCCUGCUCUGGGAGGAAGAGGUUUGCUCUGCUGUGCCUCACUGGAAUUCAGGCUUUGGGAAACUCUGUGGCUCUGCCAGCAAGGUAGGAGCAACAGGAUACUAGGGAUCAAGUCCUUGGUGGUUGGUGCUCACUCAGAACUGAGUCUGAGUUCUGUGAUGUAACCUGGAAUCGUUCACACGGGGGCAGUGAGGGGAACAACCCCAGAGGUUGCUGCGGGGCAGCCUGGGCUGCUGGGGAAGGCAGAGGCUGUUUUCCCUUCGCGUGUCAGUCACUUCAUUUCAGCAUUUCCGAGCCUCUUCUGAAACGCCCCUUUCCCUGAAAAGAGAGGAACACAACAACACUUUUUAUUUACCUUGGUCUGGAAGGAAUUCCCGGAGCCAGGGGCUGGAGAACACUUCACCCCUCUAACCCUCCUCCUUUUACGCUUCUUUUUAAACACUAUUUUUAUAAUGCUUCCUUGAACUCAACCGGCUGGCUGGGUGCGAACAGCGGGCGCUGGGAGCGGGGCUGUUGGGGGAAGAUCCGCCUCUUCCCCGCCCCUCCCGGUGCGGGGCUCCCGGGGGAGCGCAGCGCCUGCGGACACGGGGAUGGGCUGGGGCGGGGGGGGUGUCCAGCCAUGGGGACCCCGCUCUUUAUUUUUGUACCCCCCCGUUUCGCGCUGUUCUCACGUGUCCCAAUAAAAUGGUUCCUGCGC